UGUAGCGUUGGACUGGUCUCUUGCGUUUCAGUAACAAAAGCAGUAGGUCUGGAGCGUCCUUGUGGCUGCACGGUUGGACUAAACGUAAAAUAGGACAGUUCUGUUGGGUCUGAACUAAAUAACUACACGAGCUGUGGUGAGGAACUAUACCUCUCCAAAGCUUGUAGAGAAUAUUGGAGAGCAUUACAGUAUUCUGCAAUGAUAAACCUGUGCGUCAACCAGUCUGCUCUUGCCUUGCAGGACUGAGGCUGAUUUGGGUCCAGUCUGGGGGAUGGCUGACGUGCUGGAGCUCAGGACGGAUGGGAACUCUCUGCUGAAAGCAGUGUGGCUUCGGCGUUUGCGCCUUACAAGGCUUCUCCUGGAAGGUGGAGCCUACAUUAAUGAAAGUAACGAUCAAGGAGAGACACCACUCAUGGUGGCCUGCAUGUCCAAACACUCUGACCAGCAGAGUGUCAGCAAGGCUAAGCUUGUCAAGUACCUUCUGGACAACAAAGCUGACCCUAAUAUCCAAGACAAAGCUGGAAGGACAGCCCUUAUGCACGCAUGCAGCCACAGGGCAGGACAUGAGGUGGUCUCACUUCUACUGACUAAUGGGGCUGAUCCAAGCCUGGAGGACCGUCAUGGAUCUUCUGCUUUAGUCUAUGCUGUCAAUGCAGAUGAUAAAGAAACCCUAAAAGUUCUCCUUGAUGCCUGCAAAGCCAAAGGCAAGGAGGUCAUCAUAAUUACCACUGACAAAUCACCAUCUGGAACCAAAACCACCAAGCAGUACCUGAAUGUUCCUCCUUCUCCAGAGUUGGAUGAGAGGACCUCUCCUGCACCUUGUGCCUCACCAUCAGAGAUAGAUCUUCAUGCAUCGCCAUCUCCCAGCAAAGCGGAGGAGCAAGACACUGUAUUCAAUUUUCAAACAAAAUUUAAAUCAGCUUCAAACACAGCAGCCAAACUUUCCAAUGGACUUACUUCCCCCAGUAAGAGGCCUGUGAACCCCAAGAGGGCUCGUCUACCCCAGUUGAAGCGUCUACAAUCAGAGCCUUGGGGUCUGAUUGCCCCCUCCGUCUUGGUGGCGGCCAAUGAAGAGAGCAAGAGAGCCAACUCAGAUGAGGAUGUUGUCGCAGGUGUCAAUGGACUGAGCCUGUCCAGAAGAGGCAUUUUGUCUCGGCAUAACAGUGUGGAUGGAAAAUAUAUCUUGUUUCCAAUGGUGGGAGAUCAGAGCACAAAAAUCUCGCCAACUUCAUCCCUUCCGACAUCUUCCAAAGCCUCCUAUGAGAGAUCUCUAGCACAGCACCAGCCCCUCGCACGACGUAGCACUGUCCCCACGGAGCAGGAGGGCUCUGGAGGAAACUUGGGGCCAGUUAGCCUCAGAGACACAGUGCACCGGAGGAGACUGGGGAAUGAACACUACGACUCAGACUCCCAGUUGUACUCAGAUUCCAGCAUGCUAGACUCUCCUAAGACACCUCUGGAGAGAAGGAAGCUCAAUACAUCCCCUCUUGCUAUGCUUACAGGUUCACGAGAGUCCUUGGACAGCAAUCCCAGUACUUCCUCCCCAAGCACAGCCAGAUGCAGAGCUCCUGGCCUACUAGAGCGGCGCGGCUCUGGAACGCUAUUGCUGGAUUACAUAUCCCACACCCGCCCAGGUCACCUUCCCCCAUUAAACAUCAACCCAAACCCUCCUAUUCCAGAUAUAGGGGCAAGCAGCAAACCCUCAUCCCCACUUGCAGCAGGUAUCAGACCAAUAGCUCCCGUAGCACCCAACUCACCAAAGAGAGGCAACCUCAGGACGAAGAAGAAGCUUGUGAGAAGGCACUCUAUGCAAGUGGAACAGAUGAAGCAGCUUUCAAACUUUGAAGAGCUCAACCAUCAAUCAUGAAACUCAGUCUCUGUAGAUGUAGCAACUUUAAGAUCAUAAAUAUAUGUCUUGGAUAAU